GCAUCCUUAGCUGCGAAGAAUAACGUCUUCGUCUCCACGUGAGGAAGAGAAGAAUUCUGGUCUCCAUUGCCAUUGAAUCUAGGGUUUCGCCUCUCCGAUGCGGUGGAGAUGAGGCCUUGGUCUCCAUCUCUACUAUUGUUCCUCAUCGUCGUUGCCGGGUUUCUCAUCUCCGGCGCCCUUACACCAUCAUCAUGGACGGCGGGCAGUCAUGCUUUCCCGUUGACCUCGGACGAGGUCCUCGCUGCUGAGGAUCUCUGGCCACCUUCUCAGAAAACGCCAGGUCUUCCUUCCGGGCUAGCUCUUCCUCCCCCGGUGGUGUCCAUCAAGCUAUUCCCCGCCGAGGAUCCUGCUCGUACGGCUGAAACCCUAGCACCCGCGUCCAGAUCUAUCCUCUCUUUCGAUUCUGUUGGUGAAUUUGGGAAAAUUCUCGUGGUUCGGGAAAAUGGGACUUUGCGUUUGAGGGACACCAAAACUUCGGAUUAUGAAUGGGAGAUCUCGACAGGCAGUAGGCUCAAGGAGCAGUGGACUGGUAAUGGCACCGAACACUUCUAUUCUAUUGGAGAGGAUUGGGCCUUGUACGAGCAUCACAAGGAAUUUGGCAAGAGGAAACUGGACAUGACCUUAGAGGAGUCUAUAUACAAACUCGCAAAGGUAGAUGGUCGCACUGCUGUUCUUGGAUCGAUAUCGACAACUAUCAUAUAUGUUGAUGAGAGCAGUGGAAAGAUUUUGUUCAGAUCUACAUUGCCCUCUGUAGAUGAUGCGGAGUUUGCUGUUGAUGAGAAGGCAAUUCAAGAGUUUCAAAAUCACGCAAGAACUGGUAGUAUUAUGACCAUAGUGAGGAAAGAUUAUAGUCUUAAGUCUCUGUCUUUUGGUGAAACAUUGUGGAGUUUAAGGGCUGCACAGUUUACAGCAUAUAGAGGUAACAAAGAGAACCAGUUGCUUCCGAGUGCAAAUAAUGCCCCUGCAGUAUUCCCUCUGUCAGGGGAGAACGUCCCUGUCUACUUCAUGCCUGAGGAUUAUGUGCACCCUCUUCCAUCUGAUCCUCAUGAUCCAAUUGCUCUGGAUAGUUCAAAUGAAACACAAACACUGUUCAAAUUUCCGCUGUUCUUGCAUGGGACUGGAAAUGUUUCUUUUGGGGAAGGAGAAGGUGCACCUUCUACCAUCUCAAGCACUGUCCUCUCUGCCAGCAGUGGUCCAUCGUGGAGCUUUGUUGCUUCCACUCCACAACUUGAUAACACAUCUCAUAUACUAACAUUUUCGCCACCUGACAUGCAAACUCAUAUACAACCAUAUAGAGAUGAUGACACUUCUCUAGUGAGACCAAGUCAUAGUGCUGAAGUUCUUCAAGCUACAUACGGAAUUUUUGCAUUGCUUGUCAUCCUAAUAGUUAUUUUGGCAUGUGCACUGUAUGUGAAGCUGAGAGAUGAGGUUAAAUCAGACAAGCAGUUGAUUGGUUCAAAAGGGAUUGAAAACACUGUUCCCUAUUCCAAGAAGAGAAGAAAUCGGAAGGCUGCAAAUGCUAAAAAUGGUGUCAUUGCUAAUCGUAUUAACAGUCCCAAUUCAUCUGAAAAUGAGAAUUUUGAUGCUACUAAGCAUAAAAAUAAUGAAAGAUACCCAUUCCUUCAUUUGGUCAGAGAUAACGAUGCUAAUGAUGGGAGGUGGAUUGGGAGACUUCUUGUGCUAAACUCAGAAAUUGCUGUGGGGAGCAAUGGCACUGUUGUGUUUGAAGGGGUUUAUGAUGGCCGGCCAGUUGCUGUAAAACGCCUUUUAAGGGCCCAUCAUGACAUUGCUUUCAAGGAGAUUCAGAAUCUUAUUGCUUCAGACCAGCAUCCCAAUAUUGUUCGAUGGUACGGGGUGGAGCAAGAUAUAGAUUUUGUUUAUAUAUCACUUGAGCGAUGUUUGUCCAGUUUAGGUGAUCUGAUCCAACUAUGUGCUAAUUCUUCUUCAGAUACUGAUAUUUCUAAAACUCCAGAUUCAACUUAUAUAAGUGAGCUCAAACUCCGGCUUGAUUUUCCAAAUAAUAUCGACAAUCUUGAGCUGUGGAGGGAAGAUGGGUUUCCUUCUUCCCGACUGUUAAAACUGAUGAGAGAUGUGGUUUCUGGUCUUGUGCAUUUACAUGAAAUUGGCAUCAUACAUCGGGAUCUAAAGCCUCAAAACAUACUAAUAAGUAGUGACAAGUUCCUUACAGCAAAACUUUCAGACAUGGGCAUCAGCAAGCGUCUUCCUGAAAAUAUGUCUUCAUUAGGUCAUCAUGCAACUGGUUAUGGUAGCUCUGGGUGGCAAGCUCCUGAACAGCUUCUUCACGGGCGUCAAACACGUGCAGUGGAUUUGUUCAGUCUGGGGUGCAUCCUUUUCUUUUGCAUUACCAAGGGCAAACAUCCAUUUGGCAACCAUUUUGAACGUGACGCAAACAUCAUCAAUAAUCGGUUUGACUUGUUCUUGGUGGAUCAUAUACCUGAAGCUGUUCAUCUUCUUUCUCAGUUAUUGGAUGCUGAACCAGAUAAGAGGCCAAGUGCAAUUGGAGUACUACAUCAUCCUUUCUUCUGGAGCUCUGAAAUGCGGCUUUCAUUUCUCCGAGAUGUUAGUGACAGGGUGGAACAAGAAGAUAAGGGAAGUCCAUCUGAACUUCUUGAAGCUUUAGAAAAUGUUUCUCCAGUGGCAUUUGGUGGGAAGUGGAAUGACAAGCUGGACAGUGCAUUCAUUAGUGACAUGGGUCGGUAUAGGAAAUAUAAUUUUGAGUUCACGCGUGAUCUACUAAGGGUCAUAAGGAACAAGUUAAGCCAUUACAGGGAACUUGCAAAUGAACUCCAGGAAAUUCUCGGACCAGUACCUGAAGGUUUUGAUAAUUAUUUCUCAAAGCGAUUCCCAAACCUGCUAAUUGAAGUCUACAAAGUCAUAUCCAGAUACUGCAGACAAGAGGUUUGCUUCCAGAAAUACUUUGAGAGCAUUCUGUUCUAAGCUUGAACAAUCAUAAUAAACGUCACCACUUUUAGGCAACACGACGUUGAUUAAUGUACAGAAUCUGUAUCAUCUAACAUUGUACUAUAUAUAUAUAUAUAUCUGUAAUAAUCCCUCUGUGUAUCUGAUUUUAAAGGAAG